AUGGGUGCAAAGGCUUCCAAGCUAUCCAAAGAUGAUCUCGCCAGCUUGAGGCAAUCAACCUACUUCGACCGUCGCGAAAUUCAACAGUGGCACAAGGGUUUUCUCAGAGACUGUCCGACGGGCCAACUCACCAGGGAAGAGUUUGUUAAGAUCUACCGGCAGUUCUUCCCGUUCGGGUCGCCCGAGCAAUUUGCGAACCACGUUUUCAGCGUUUUCGACAAGGAUCAAAACGGGACCAUCGACUUUAAGGAGUUCAUCACGGCGCUUAGCACCACAUCGCGGGGCACACUAGAAGAGAAACUAGUGUGGGCAUUUCAACUCUACGAUCAGAACAACGACGGCAUGAUCACCUACGAUGAAAUGCUGACGAUUGUCACCAGCAUAUACCAAAUGAUUGGGUCCAUGGUCAAGCUGGAAGAUGACGAAGCGACGCCCGAGUUGCGGGUGAAAAAGAUUUUUAAACUCAUGGACAAAAACGAAGACGGCUCGAUUUCGCUGGACGAGUUUAGAGAAGGUUCCAAAGUCGACCCCUCUAUUGUGAGCGCCCUGAACCUAUACGACGGUUUGGUUUAA